UGGAACUAUAAAGCAAUAGGUUAUGUUUUAACCAGAUCAUUCGCAUAUAGAAACCUAAUGGCCCUUAUCCUCCCCAACAUUUGGAUUUGGAUUUGCAAUCAAAUAUACAGGGAAGAUCCUUUAACAGAGGAAUCCCUAUCAUACAGCUCCCUUUUAAAGAAAUGGCCCAAAUUGGCCCCUUUUGAAUUCAUCAAAAAAGCAAAAGUUUUGAAAAACUUUUCAGCAAAAGGCCAUAAUAACUUCAAAGAUCCUAAGAUCCUUUUCCCUUCAACGAUCAAGGUAAGAAAAACAACAGCUAAUUUUUUUUGUAUUCCAGAAUCAUUUUUCCCAAAUAUUAUAUUUUUUGAUCAAUUCAUAUGA